AUGAAUGCAGAUGCGCCCGCCCACAAUGAUCGCUCCCCAAUCACCAGAGCACUACGAUCUCUCCCACCUUCAGCAAGAGGCCAUAUAGUUGCCGUUCUAGGCGAACUCUGCGGAACCAUUUCGUUCCUGUUCUUUGCCUUCGCCGGCACGCAAGUGGCUAAUGUCGCGUCAAACACCAACACAGGAACGACGGUCAUUACAGAGACACAGCAGAAGAACCCAGCACAGUUACUGUAUAUCAGCCUUGCCUUCGGAUUCUCCCUGGCGGUAAAUGCGUGGGUGUUCUUCAGAAUCAGUGGCGGACUUUUCAAUCCUGCUGUCACCGUCGGCAUGGUCCUAGUCGGCGCGAUCAGCGUGGUCCGUGGCAUUCUACUGUUCAUCACACAGAUCGUCGGAGCUAUAAUUGCGGCGUAUGUCACGCAAGCCCUCUUCACCGGCGCACUCAACGUGAGCACAACUCUGAGCGCCACAACAACCAUAGCGCAGGGAGUCAUCAUCGAGAUGCUACUCACAGCAAUGCUUUGCUUCACGAUAUUCAUGCUGGCGGCCGAGAAGCACCAGGGAAAUUUCAUCGCACCGGUGGGUAUCGGUCUGGCGCUCUUCAUUGCUGAGCUUACUGGUGUGUUCUGGACUGGCGGAUCCCUGAAUCCGGCCCGUUCGCUGGCGCCAGCUGUUGCCAUCAGAUCCUUUGAAAGUACACAGUGGGUCUAUUGGGUUGGGCCACUUGCCGGGUCUAUUCUGGCCGUGUUGCUGCUCAAGCUCAUCAAGUCACUCGAGUACGAAACGGCGAAUCCGGAUCCGGAAGCUGUUGCGCCAGCUAAUACCGAACAAGAACGGAAGCACAACAUGAUAGCCAACGGCACAACCAACGGACCGACCAACGGAAUGACCAACGGGAUGACCAACGGUAUGCCCAACGGGAUGACGAACGGUAUGACGAACGGAAUGACCAACGGAACGCCCAACAGAAGGAGCUAG